UUGAGUUCGUACAUGUCUAAUAUCAAUAAGCACUCUCGCCAAACUGAAUUUGUUUUUCUUCUUUUUCAAAUUUUUUUUUUUUGGGGGGAUUUCGUUGAAACAACAAAUUGCUUUGGAGUAAUCGACGCAUCGCUGAUGUGUUGCCUCUUGCCAUUUGAUUUGGCGAUUUAUUAUGAACAUUGAACCACUUCGAAUUUUAUCGAUCAGUGAACUGUGCAGAAUUAAAGUGACAAUUUUCAAAUUCAAAAAGUGCAGAAUAUUUUUCUUGGUGUGAGUAUUUGAAUGAUUGUCAAUAGAAAAGCCGUUCAGAUUUCGUGAUUGUGUGUAAAAUGUGAUGAACUGAAAUCAAAUGAAAACUUGAACACGAUCCUAAAUAGUUUGAUCAAAUUGAAAAACAAACGAAAAUCUUAUAAGAUUUUUCGUUGUUGGAUUUUUUCUUCGCCGUGGAGUUGUAUGAAAUCAUUGUGAAUUGUUUAAUGUGUCACGAAAAAAGAAAACUUGAACUCCCGACGGCAUUGCAGAAUGCUGUUGCGCAAACAACCAUUUGAAUUCUAACUCCGAACUCGACACAACAUUUGUUGAUUUUUUGCUUGAAAAUUGAAGUGUGAAUUAAUUUCGAAUCUCUCAUCAUUCGAAUGGAAAUUAUCGCGUUUCACCUGAAAAUCUGAAAUAAUUUAUAGAUUCAUUUUCAUCCAAUUAUUUAUUGUGUUUCGAGGCUAGACUUCGAUAUUUGAACAUUUCGGGGUGUGACCAUCAGCCCAUGUUAAUUUGAAAGAAAAAAAAAUGAGUUACUUUUGGUAAAAUUAGAUUUUGUGCCCGAGCGAUAGUCAGUCAUUAGACUAAAUCAUUGCAUAGGGUAUUGUUAUCGAAAUACUAUAAUUUAAUGUAGCAGUGUCAAGCUCAUUAAAAUUCUCAUCAGCUAACUUUCCGAUGUUGGUGUCGGAAACCGAUACAUCUCAUUACGCGAAACAAUUACGACACCAUUGUUAAAUGAAGUAUUGAUUGAACUAUCAUGCUGUGGCUAUUCUUCAUGCAAUGCUGAGUUCACAUAUCCUUUCCAUUUAAAAUAAUCAUAUGUCAAAAAGUAAAAAAAAAAUAUUCGAAGAUUGGAUUAAUAAUAGGAAUUAUAUUCGUGGUGCGACUGAUGUCUACGAAUUUUCUGCAUCUAAAAGCGUUGAAAAGAUCAAAUAAAAUACUUGGUGAAAAUUAAUGUUAUCAAUUAUUUCAGAGGUGAUACUUAUACAUCAUCGAACAAAGACGAGUUCUCGAAAAAAAAUUAGCUGGAAAAAACAUUUUCUGAGAGAGAAAAAGAAAAAAAGAAGAAGAAGAAGAAGAAGGAGUAACAUUAUAGUGUGACAAAACCGUGUGAUCAUCCGAAAAUACGAACGAAUCGUAACAUCGAUAACUGUGAAUUGCGUGGCAUUUGACACUGUAUUUAAAACCAUUUCGGUAUAGUGGGCGGAUAGCUAAUUGCCCAAAACGGUGUCAGAAUUUUCAUCUAAACACAAUUUUUCGGCUGUUAAAUGACAUAAUUUCAUCGUUUCCAGCUCUAUAGACUGAAUUUUUGUUUGCAUGUUUGACGCGUGAACAAAAACUCAAAACCAUUGAAUGUGAAAACCGAACAGAACUACCGUUCAAUUAUUUGGGUGAUAUUGAAUAGACAGCAGUUCUCUGUGUGUAGCUGCACGAGAAACAUUCUUAAAUUAAAAAAAAAAUUGUGUGAUUGAAACCGAGUAAAUUUCUUCUUUUUUUUUUAUCACACUGGAUCCAGUGAGAAAAAAUGGUUUUAUCGAUACAACAUCAACGAUCGAUGGCCGGUUAACGGCUGUCGCAUCCGCUCCAUGCAUGACCACAAUCAAUUCAAACUCGAUUUUGCAUCAACCGACGCAAUUGCUACCCCAUUCAAAACCAUAUCAACAUCCAAAUUUGGCAACCACGUACGAUAUUAAAUCGUCGUCUAUGCACGUUGCACAACUAAACGCAAUCAUCGGUCAUAGCAACAAUAUCAGCGGUAGUAAUUGCCAUUCAUCGAAUAAUCAAACGAAAAUCAGCUCGCUAACUAUGAGCCAACUGAGCACAGUUUAUGCAACAAAAAGACGGCGUAGAAAUGGCAAAAGUCUUAAGCCACCACCAAAAGACGGUGUUACCAAAAGCAAUCCAUCGAAACGGCAUCGAGAACGGUUAAACGCUGAACUAGAUCUUUUAGCUUCAUUGCUGCCAUUCGAGCAAAAUAUUUUAAGUAAAUUGGACCGACUGAGUAUUCUUAGGUUAGCUGUUAGCUAUUUAAGGACGAAAAGCUAUUUUCAAGUAGUAAUGCAUAAGGAAAAAGAAGAAAAUGGAUUAUUAUCACACAUGCAUCAUCAUGACGCGUAUCGAAGUAGGGAAUUGAGCACAUUCGAGCACAGUCUUUCCGAUGGUGAUAUGUUUUUACAGGCUCUAAAUGGGUUUCUCAUGAUAUUGACCUGCGAUGGCGAAGUAUUCUUUGCUACUCACAGCAUCGAAAGUUACUUGGGUUUUCAUCAGUCGGACAUUGUGCACCAGUCGGUGUAUGAGCUGGUCCAUUCGGAGGAUCGUGAAGAAUUACAGCGACAAUUGUUAUGGAAUUCAUUUCUUCCAGCUGAUGCAGCUGGAAUGCCAUUGAAUGAAGCAUUAUCACCUGAUAAAUCGGUCUAUUUGGAGCGCAGUUUUACCGUACGCUUUCGAUGUUUGCUUGACAAUACGUCGGGAUUUUUGCGUUUGGAUAUACGUGGUCGUGUUAAGAUUUUGCACGGGCAAAAUCGCAAAACCGAAGAACCUCCAUUAGGAUUAUUUGCAUACUGCACACCAUUUGGCCCCCCUAGUUUGAUGGAAAGUAUACCUCAGAAGGAGAAUAUGUUUAAAUCAAAGCACAAACUCGAUUUGUCACUUGUGUCGAUGGAUCAACGCGGCAAAAUGAUUCUAGGUUAUUCAGACGGUGAAUUGGCCACAAUGGGCGGCUAUAGUUUAGUGCAUUUUGAUGAUUUGGCUUAUGUUGCUAGCGCACAUCAAGAACUUCUAAAAACGGGCGCCUCUGGCAUGAUUGCAUAUCGAUACCAAAAGAAGGACGGAGAAUGGCAAUGGCUUCAGACCAGCUCUCGACUAGUUUACAAGAAUUCAAAACCAGACUUUGUUAUCAGCACACACCGCCAAUUGAUGGAAGAAGAAGGAAAGGACUUAUUGGGGAAACGCACCAUGGACUUUAAGGUUAGUUAUUUGGAUACUGGAUUGGCUUCGACUUACUUCUCGGAGGCGGAUCAGUUGGUUAUGCCAUCGAGUGGAUCACCAAACUCUUUAUCUCAAACAUCGGCAGCAACGCCGCAAAGGCCUGCGAGACGGUAUAAAACUCAAUUACGUGAUUUUCUAUCGACAUGUCGAUCGAAGCGUAAACUCCAGCAAGCACAGCCACAGCAUCAAUCGAAUUCAAAUAUGGGCCAAAUAACUCCUCCAACACCAGUGGUGGAAUAUAUACCAGAUGCGGCUGCGAUCUCGGCCGCCUACACAAAUCUAAAUCCGAUGUAUGCAACGUCACCGUAUCCAUCAUCGACGGACAAUCUGUAUAUGACUCCUUCGGUGCAUUCAUCGAAUUUUUAUCCAGUCACAGAGAAUUUAUAUCAUCAAUAUCGCUUGCAAGGUGUGAGCGGUUACUAUCCGGGUGACUAUCACCAUUCAUCGGUGCCAACGUCAUACGUAGCAAACGGAUUUUUGCCGUACGACAGCUAUGGCAUCUCAACCAAAGAAGAAAAAUGGCAAGAUGGCGGAAAAUAUUAUCCAGGUCAUGAUGUAACUAGUCGUAGCAUGUACUCGGAGUAUGGCAGCCCAACAGGUCAUUCACAGAUUAUCCAAUCAACAUUGAAAACACCUAAAGCAUCGCCACCGAACAUGGAUCCCGUUUCCUGUUCACCAGGCAAUCACUCGCCAGCGCACAGCGCUAACAGCACCAACAACAAUAAUAAUAGCCGAAAUGAUGCUGGUGUCCUAACAUCAAACAAUGUUACCAAUUCUUCCAAUGCAAACGUUACCAACGGAUCGAAUUCGAAUAGCAAUAGCACAUUGGCAGUCACACCGAAAAUGGAACCAUCGCCACCAACAGAGCAUUAUGAGAGGCAAACCGUUUUAAUGUGGGGUACAUCGAGCCAUAAUAAUUCCACGAAUCGUUCACCUUCGGCAUCUACGCCCACUUCAAAUGGACUCUAUCCAACGGAAAACAGUCACAUGAAACUAUCUAAUCAGAUAGUGUUGUCGCCAAGCGAACAACAGCAGCAUUCGCAUCAUAAUUCGUCGCAAUCUGGCGGUCAUAUGAAGUGGUCAGAAGGUGGAUCGACAAAGGAAAUACCUGUAAGUGCCGGCGUUCCACUUUAUCAGAUCCAUUCGCAUCAAACCGACUCGGCAUCGGCCGCAGUUGAUGCUUCAUCCAUGUAUGCACACGUAGCACAUUCUCCGCACCUAACACAUCACUCGUCUUCGUCGGUGGCUGCAUCAAGCGGUGGUCACAUUGUGUCGCCCGAGCACAGUAGCGCUACACCGUCGCAAAACCAUCAACAUGUGACACAGCAAACGAUUGGCAGUAGUUGCGAGGUAUGGAGUCCUGCCUACUCGCAAUACCAAUAUUUCACUUAUCACCCAGCUCCACAGCACGCAAACACUCAGUCAUCAUCGAUGUUGGUCGAUACCAACCAAUCACAUUGUCCAUCGCGCAGCAACGGUUACAUGGAUCAUCCUGCAGUCCACCACCAUCAUCAACAGCACGGCACCAUAUCGCCAAUCUCACAGCUCACACAGCUGUCGCAUACCCAGUUCCAUCCAACGCGUACAUCGAUCACGCGAACGGGAGUCCUUUGCUGUCCCUCUCUGAGGUGACAAACACAAUGACACUUUUAAAUCAAUAGACAUGCAAUAUUGUGGACCGGUGAACGAUCAACAAUGCUAAUGCACCACGUUGGAAUUCCGAAUUCGGAACGCAAUACACUAUUUAUCAUCCCAAUUGUGAAAGGAAGAAGUAAUCAUCAUGUUUUUUGUUUGUUAGAAAAUUAAGCGAAAUUGCAAGAAAAUCCAUUCUAUUGGUACAGUUUAAUGGGAAUCCCAGUUUGUUUUUCUAAGUAAUCCUUUUCGUGUGCAAUUGUGUAUCUAACAUUUUAAAAAUUAAUUACUAGGAUUAUUGUAAUGUAACAUGUACGCAUAAAUUUUUUCCCUCAUUCACGCAUCCUCUUAUCAAACAUGAACACUAAAUUAUUAUAUGAGAAAAGAGAGAAAGAGAGAUGUUCGCAAACCUAAGCACAAUCAUAGAACCAAAAGGAGGACACACAACACAACCACACAAAAUCUCAACGUUUAUUCAAUGAAAAGAUCCUUUUCAAAUUACUUCUUUGAAGAAGAAAAUUUCGGAUUGUUAUAAAUAAAUCAAAAACAUCUUUGAAACUUACAUUGAUACAUGAUUUUUUUUUUGUAAAAUAAACUCCAAAUCGAGAGAGAAAAAAUUGAUAUUCCAAUUGCUACGUUAAAUCACUUGGAUUUGAAACAUGUACUAAAAUCGACAUCGGCACUUUUUCAGAAAAAUAUUGUAAGAUUCUACUAUUUAUUAGCUAAGCUAAGAACUUUAUUGUAAUUCAAUGCGAAACGAAACAUUAAUUUUGAUUGUCUAAAAAAAAAUUACUAUUUAAAAUCAAUGCAUGAAUGAAAAAAAAUUUCCCUUUAGAUAAAUUAUCCGAAAACAGUGUACAUAUUUUAAAUGAAAUUAGCCGCCAAUAUUACUAUUAUCAAAAACAUCAUGCGAUCAUCAUUUAAUAACUGUGUUUCUGUCUCAGCAUAAAAAAUAUAUAUAGUAUAUAUAGACAUAGCCGCCCCUCAGAAGAAUGAAACAAAACGAAAGCAACAUAUCCCGACAUAAUGAAAAAGAUAGAGAGAGAAAGAAAUGAAACAGUAUUUUAUUUUUAAUGACCCCAAAAAAUGAAAUAUGAAAUGUAAUACAUUAUUAUAAUUUUUCUUUUCUGUGAUAACCAAAAAUACGACAUACAACUGAAAUAUAAACCACACGAGACAACAACCAUAGAAUUAUUGACCAUAGUCCAUAUACUAUAAAACAAAUAGCGCAAAAGUGAUUGACUUGAUGUUUUAGUUUCUUUGCGCGAUUUACUCUCCCCCCCCCCUUUUUUCGUUUGGAAAACUGAUAUCAUUCAAUGACACAAAUACAUCCAAUACCGAUUGCCAUAAACUGAUAUUUUCACGUUGCCAAUUUUAUAUACCACAAUCAAGCUGCGAUUUCGACAAAGCGCAAAGAGAAUUAUAAACUCAAUGUCAACUCACUCGAAUUGAAAUUUUAUCACACACACACACACACACACACACACACAUAUAUAGUGAGAAAUAUACAAAAGAAAACAAUAGCUAAGUCAUUGAAUAAACCCUGAUGCAUUUCAUCCAUUCGUCGAGAUGAUAAACAAUAAAUUACUACUGGAUUUCUCCGCAUUUGCUAUCCAAAUACACACAACUUUUAGAUGAAAUAAAUGUUAAUUUAAGAGAGAAUGAAAAAAAAA